UAAUUAUGAGAGUUCCUAGAGCAUUUUUAAGUGUGUUUAUAUCUUUUUGAUUUUAUGUAAAUUUUACAUAGCUAAAUUCUAUAAACGGUUUGAGAUAAAAAUAAAAAUGUGAUAUUGUUCUUAGUCUCAGCGCUCACUAUUAGAAAAAUAUAAAAUUGUGAGGCAAAUUGAAUGGCCUAUGUGAAUUAUUUCUAAACAAUUCCAAUCUAAUCAAAAUCCAGUUCAAAACAAAAUUGAAAGAAAUUUGUUACCAAUAUAUACUGUUGUACUAUGUAAAAUAUCACUUUGUAAACCUUGUCAAUCCAGUUGUUCAUUAAUAAGUUCACUAACAACCUUGUUAGAAAAGAUUUGAAUUUGUCCAAAUGUGAUGUGACUAGAUUCUACCCAUAAAGUACUGCUAUACAUUUGCAGUGCUGGUUUCAUUAAAAUAUACUACCGAUGUACAUUUGCGUUGUGUUUCUCAUCAUGUAAUAAUGUGUUUUAAAACACUAUCCCACUUCAAACAUCGGAACAUUCCAUCCUAGUUUACAGAAACAUUUGCUGCACCUGUAAAUUGCUCAGUCUGUGAGUCUGACAAUAACUUUAUACCAUACUUGGAGCAUGGAAAGGCAGCAAAUUCCAGACCCACUUUACACCCUAAGGGGUGAUAUGGAAGCAAUACAUUGCCUAUUCUACCAGCUGGGGACAGAUUCAGAAUACAUUCUUGCCUCUACACAGAAUGGAACCAUAUACAAAUGGAAUCUUCAGACAUGUAGAGAAGAUUUCCGAUUCCAAGUUGGCGAUGAUGCUUGUCUAUCUAUUAACUACAUAGAUAAUUUGUUCAUCUCUCAAACAAAAGGCGGUGAAAUAAAAUUUUGGGAAGAAACCAAUGGUACUUGGGAAUUGAAAGCAAAAGUGUUUUCUGAAUAUUGGGGUUUCUGCAAGAUAGACACGUUCAGUGGUAAAUUUCUAGUGUGUCCGGAAUCUGGUUCAAAUAUAAGGAUUGUUGAUCUUAAUGGGAAGAUAGUGCGUAGACUGUGCAAUGGAGGUAGAGAGAAAUGUGGAGAGAUAAUGGCAAUCAAGUGUUUUUCUCUGUUAGGGACUGAAUAUAUUUUUGUUUUAUGUGAGAACGGCAUAUUGACAAUGUUUAAAGCUUGUGGAGGGAAAGUGUGUGAUCUAAAAGUAAUGUCAGACUGUCCGAUGGCCCUUGACUUCGACGGUGAGUCCAAGGGUAUUGUCGGUGGCAGUGGGGAUGUGCUUGUUGGCUUUGAGCUGACUAGUGAUCUCCAACUGGUGAAGGGGAGGCAGGCUGUGAUCACAAACAAAGGGGUGAGCUGUGUAGCUAUCAGACCUGAUAAGAAACUGUUUGCUGCUGGCUGCUGGGAUUGUAGACUAAGACUGUUCUCCAUGAAAAGUUUUAAGUUGCUGGUAGUGCUCCAAAACCACAAGGAGGUGAUACAAGACAUUUGCUACUCUUCAGCCAAGGUUAAUUCAUUUAACUCGCAAUGGCUCUUGGCUGCUGCCGGCAAAGAUGGUAGGAUAACUUUAUGGGAUCUUUAUUCCUAAUAUUUGUAAAUAAAUUCUUUGUAUAUUUUCUA